AUGAGAAAAGAAUUAGCAAAACAAAAACCAAAACCGACUUCACCAAAUAAUAAUCCUCCUGAUUCACCGCCCCCCAAACCAAAGCCAGAACCCACUAAAAAACCGGAAAAACCAGAUAAAGACCAACCAAUUCCCGAUAAAAAUCCACAAAAAAAUCCUAACUACCCCCCCGAGCCCGAUAAAAAUAAUUUGCCGCCCCUUUCCUCGGAGGUUAAAAAAGAAAUCAUUAAUGCUGAAAAUACUCAAAAAGCCCAACAAAUUACGCGACAAAAAAUUAAAACUUUACUUCAAAACAGUUCGGUAAAAAUUAAUGAUUUAGAUAAAAAUUUAUGA